CUUCUUGUUUUCCCACUCGAUCGAUCUCGAUUUUGCCUUCGACAAAAAAUUUCCAAUCCCCGUUUUGGAGGGCUCCAUACAACUUAUUGUUUGUCGGUCGUACCAUACAGUUGCCACAAUUUCACAAACAUGCUUGAAUGAGAAACAACGAGGCCAGAAGAGUGACGAUACCAAAACAGAAAAGAAGAGAACAGAACAGAGCAAACCGACGGCACUGAUACUAUAGUUUGCACAGGGCUCCUGCUGAAUAACAAAAAUAAAAACCAGCACGAUGAUUCCACGACCCACUACGUUCUCUACCGAGAGAAUCCGAAGGAUACAGCGGCCCUCGAUGACGAUUCURGCACGCAGUCGAAGACUAUUUGGUUCCGGAACGCAUCCGAAGGCGCAUGUUCAUUCCCUCUCGUCGUUCAAAGCAGCUCCUCUUGCUACCGGUGCUUCUUCUCGGACGCGUUUGCAACAGCAACAGCAUAGCCAAACCACGAACCGACGCUUCGGUUCCGUCGCUGCCGCUAGCAGCAACGCGUGGACGAGAUCCAGAAGCAGCAACGGAAGUCGCACCAACGGGAGCACAACCUAUUUCGGGGUAAUGGCAUCGGCAGCCGCCGCAACCUCGUUGCUCCUAGCACCGGGCUCCUUGGAUUGGAACUCUCCGUCUACAACGCUCUGUGAGGAGGCAGCUCCCGCAGGCGAAGGCAACAGCAUUCCCGAAGAAUCGGAACACGACCCCUAUGAUAAUCUUCCAGAAGAAGACGAACCGACUCAUUGUUCCAUCUGUUUGACGUAUCGACAGGUGCGUGCGUCGUGUUGCUCUCCGCGCUAACGAUCGUGGCAAGAGCGAUGUGAAGUAUUGAUUCAUUUAAUUGUUGGUUUUCCCGAACACAUCUUAUCCGAAGCGACUAACUCAAAAAAUUCACAACGUUUUGAUUCUAUUACCGUGCUUUUUGAACUUUUUCAUUCUGCCACUUCGUUCUCAAUAAAAUUCAUAGGGUCCUUGUCGACCGUACUGGCGAAAAGUGGAAGCCUGCACGAAGGACCACGAAAAGGAAAACAAAAACAAAGCGGAGGAAGGAAAAUCGCCGUCUGAUAAGAGCAAGGGUGACGACGACAGUAGCGACGAAGGUGAUCCUUCGUCUCCCAGUGAACGUUGUUUCAAGUACAUGAUGCCUUGGAUCGAUUGUGCCUCAAAGUAUCGCAACCUCUACACGCUGAUCGAAAUGGAUACGAAUUAUACGGAGGGAAUCCAGGAACUCGAGGCCACAUCGCGCCACUUUUGUUGGAUGACCGGAAAGGAACCCGCCAUCGAUUGGACCAAGUGGCAGGAAUACAUCAGCAGCAAGGAACAAGAGGACGAGGACCAAACCUCUGCAGAGACAACAAAGAACAGCAGCAAGGACCAAGGCACCGUUUCCGAUGCCGAUCCUUCUGUUGCAAUGUGGAAGACGCUAGACACUGCCCUUGGCGACCCAGAACUAGUUACCAUCGAAACUAAGGUUCCACCCACCAUUCAAUCGCCGGACGGCGAUUCUUCGGGACUCGGAAUUCUAGAAUGCGCCUAUGUCACGGAUCAAGACAACAACGUUAUUGGAUUUGCUUACGGGACGAAGCCCAGUGAGCUGAUGUCGGACAGCAAGGACACAAACAAAGGAACAGAAGAAAACACCACGGAAGACAACAAAACAACAGCAAGGAGCAACGAAAAAAGUGGGGAUGGUACAAGCGAGGACGGCGGAGAGAAGAUGGUGCCCCUGAACAUACGCCUCGUUGUGUCGCGAACCCGAGAAUUUGUCCUAUCGGCAUCAUACACCCAUCGCCGAAUUGCCGAGGGAACAGCAGCAGCGGCGAAGACCAACGGCAGUGACAGCAGCAAGAAGGAAGAUGCAAAGAAUUUUUAUCUCGAGUCACACCUGUACAGAUCAAAACCAUUCUCUCUGGCUGACGCGCCAAAGGCUCCACAACAGAAACCUACAGAGCAAUAAUGGUCAUUCAACAAUCAUGAUAGGCAAAGGGAGCAGGCAAUCCUCGCAUUUCCAGUCUACCAACCCAUUCAUUCGGUGUAACAAGUGAAUCAGACGAGGGCGAUUGCAACAGACUAGACCAUUGGUUCAAUAGGAGGGUUAUCUUUUCAAGAAUAAGAAUACAAGAAACCAUCAGGAUAGAAAAAAAUAACAUAACUGUACACCA